CGCUGCGAUCCAGACGACGACGUCGAAACCCGGUGCGAGGAUGUAAGUGGAUCCGGAUAAAAUAGAAGUCGCCGAUAACAUGUUGCGUCGCGUGCUCUUCCUGUUCCUGUUGGGCGUAUGGACGCAUCCGGGGGCGCCUUGUCCACCGGACACCUGCAGGUGCAAGCAGAUGCCGUACGAUUACGAUAAGAACGGGUUGUUUUAUACUGUCGUCGAAUGUGACGGGUAUGCGGAUAGUUUGGUUGAUCACUUGGACAACACCACGAGGGUACUGAGAUUUAGUCACAUGAACGAUAGUGUGGAGGUGGAUAGUUUAAUUGUUAAUUUAGUGAACGAAUUUGAGACACUUAAGACGCUCUCCAUCGCGGACAGUGCUGUGGGUAAUUAUACGUUUGAAUUGGAGAACUUGAAUUUGGAUGUGUUGGAUUUGCAAUUUAACCGGUUACAGUCCGUUCCCGAAAUAAUUCAAAAUAAAUCGACGAUAAGAACUUUAGAUUUGUCGAAUAACGCGCUAAUUGUAUUAGAGUCGGAUCCGUUUCGGACAUUGCGAACCCUAGAGUUGUUAAAUUUAAGUGCUAACUCACUCACCGCGAUUGGCUCCGACAGUUUGACCGGCUUAAUUAAUUUAAAGUGUCUAGACUUAUCGGCAAACAAUCUAACUCAACUAGACGAUAAGGUCUUGCUUCCAGUUACCAAUCUUCAAUAUUUGAAUCUUAGCAGCAACAAACUCGAGGUCCUGAACGAAGUCAGUUUCAGCAGUCUGACUAAACUGCAACAGCUUGAUGUGUCGUGGAACAGAUUGGCGCGUGUCGCACCUGGCAGUUUAGAAUUGCCCAGUUUAGCACGAUUAUUGCUGGCAGGAAAUCCUGCCUUGGGCGGAUCACGCGAGGUGCUUGUAGGAAGCGGCCACCGUUUGCAAACAGUAGACGCCUCGCGAACCGGACUCAAACAGGUGCCUGCGGCCUUGACGCAUUCCAUCAGAACGCUAAGACUUGCGGGUAAUUCCAUCAGAGAAGUGCGUCGUGGCGACCUGGAUUCGUAUCCUCUAUUACAGUUGCUAGAUUUCACGUCCAACGAAUUGGCAAGCGUGGAGGAGGACGCUUUAGGAAGAUUGGAAUCUUUAUCGAUACUGUAUUUCACGGACAACAACAUAGAGGAUAUUCCCCGGAGCCUGCCGGAGGACCUUAAAGUGCUACACUUGGAGCACAAUACCAUAAAGAAGGUUUCGGCGGAGGAUCUGCUGGGAUUGGGGGUGUUGGAAGUGCUACUGCUGAACGACAAUAAAAUUAGCGUAGUGGAGCAGGGCGCCUUCAGUCAGCUGACUGCUCUGGUAGCCCUGGAUCUUUCCAGAAAUCCGGUGACAAUUUUAGAGGCGGGAUGCCUCACGGGACCUGCGGCGCUCGAGGUUCUCCGCCUGUCCUCCAUCGGGAUUGUAUCAGUGGCUAAGGAGACCGCUUUUCCCCUGUCUACGCCGGAACACUUAAUUUCCCUCGAUUUGUCAGAUAGUCCGGGACUGGCGCGACAAUUUCUUGGAGACACCGCCGCCUUGGCGGCCUCCAGGGCGCUUCAGGAACUCGACGUUUCCCGCACCGCGUUACAAUUUAUUCGUAACGAUCUGCUACAUUUCCUUCCACAACUUCGGGUAUUGCACAUCAAACACAAUGAAUUAGAUUGCGAGGACUUGGGUUGGCUGGCGGUGUGGAUGAGGAGCAAGGAUUCAUCGGAGUAUGGGGAUGUAAUUUGUAACAGUCCCGCCGAGCUUUGGGGCACCCCUCUGGUCGAUUUACCUGAUGUUGAAUCAACGACCACUACCACAACAACUCAAUCCAUCAAAGAAACUGCAGACGAUAGUGUAGAACACACGGAGUUUAACUAUACAGAUCUUCGUGAUCUGGACAAGAUUGACAUAAGAAAGAAAACGAUUCAUUUUAUUCUUACUAAUAAUGUCGUGUCUGAGCUUAAUGACAGUUCUGUGGAGAAGUUAAAUGACAAAAAGAAAGAAAGUAAGGAAAGUAAUUUAAUUGCAAUGAAGAAUAUAAUCGUUGAGGAUUAUGUUACGAAAACACCAAUUAACAAAAACCAGAUUAUACACAAAAAGAAAAAGGUGAACAAAGAAUUAGUCAAGGACUCAACCAAUUUUUACGUAUUAGGCGUUCAGAAUAUUACAACUCCAUUCUAUUUUCAUAAUUUCCAACAACUGCCAAACCCAAUAAGUGAAAAUGUUACCAAAACACCGACCACCGAAAAGCAGCAAGACGAUGUCCAAAUCUCGCAAAGAGACAAACCGGAGAAGGAGCCACUAUCGUCACAGUGGAACCCAACCCCUGAGUCAUCAUCCAGUAUAUUACAUCCAGGUAUGAUGAUCUUAGGCGUAACUGUUAUGGUAACCAUAGCCGUGCUCGUAAUGUUGACGGCCAAGUACAGCAGCUUCAGGAGAAGGCCGGAACGAUUGCAGCGCGACGACAUCGAGGUCAGUAGUUUGCCCGGUGUUACGGAACUGUGGUGACAUCUGAGAGACGGAGAUGAGGAGAAGGUCAACCUCUGUAAAAAUACCGUUACUUAGGCCGCAUCUGUGCAAUGCACGUUUAACUUUGCUGUUAUCGUACAUUGAUCGUUGCCAGUUCAUCCAAUAUUCGGGGUUCUAUUAAUGGGGUUUGAGUUGUACACUUAAGACAUGAAAAUUUAAAACAUACAUAGGUAAUAUUUAAGUUGUUAAUUACUUAUAAUAUCCAAAUAAAUAUGGAUGUCGUGUUAAGUGAGUGAUUACCAAUUAUUGAAACUAUUUUUCAAUGAACUUCACUAUUUCAUUAAGUAGCCAAGGCAAAUCCCAUUAAAACCUAUUAUAGGAAUCUUGGUGCAAAUUUGUGGGAACUAAUAACUAAAUAGAUAAUUCAUAUAUUUUUAAGACUGUUCGAUGUAAAUACUUGUAAACAUAGAUAUUAUACAGCUUCCAACAUUCUUCCAGAAAGGUAAUAUACAUAAAUAAAUACUCCGCAAAAAUAAACACGAUUAUGUUAUAAUUCCUACUUUGGCUUGGAACAGUAUUGGAAACUAAAUCAUGUAAAAAUAAAUAUUACUAUGUACUACCCUGUCUAUUUAUGUAUAUAUGGACGCAAGUUAAGUGUAAUUUGCUAGAUGCGGCCUUAGGCGUGCUUGUGAUAUAAGUGAAUUCUAUUUUGUACGACUGAGCCCAUUUUGUACUUGAAUUAAAAAACGUGAAAAAAAAAAUGUAAAAAUUGGAUGACCGGGACUGUUUUAUAUCAAUGUAAACUAUUAACUGUAUGCCAACUCUCUGUGUAAAAAGGAUCUUAACCCAUGUUUCUGUUUAAUACUCAUGGAAACACUCGGAACUGCACUUUGGUGAAUUUCAAUUAAAGGAAACCCGAAAACAUACUAAGUUAAUUGAGAACUAUAAAAUUCGCAAUCUUUCAACACUUACGUAAAAUUUUACAGUAACUGACAAGCGUUUUCACUCAAUUCCAUUUAACUCAAACAUAGCGUAGGCUAGAUUUAAUAAGACAUCAAAGUUUGUUUAAUAUUAAUAUUUCAGCGUGCGGAAGUUCCUUUUGUAAAAGUGUCCGUUUUUCUUUGAAAGCCUCCGAAAUGUCCAAAGGAAUAUCGGAUAAAAGGCCGGACCUCGGAAGUUCCUGGAGUGCUUUAAUGCCCACAUUUCGAUACGGACAUAAUGUAAUGUGUUAUGUGUGUGUACGUUUACGAAUCGAUAAAUUGACUGGAUGUGUCUGCGAGCACGGCGAAAAUAAUAAAUCAAAACUUUUACAUUUCGUUAAAUGAAAUUCCACCAGUUUAGGGCGUUUCGAAUGCUGCUGUACUCUCCGAAAUCACUGUAGAUUUAUAUCUGAGACAUGUCCCGUGCAAACUGUAAUUUUUGCUACUGAUUGUAUAUACCUGUCAUAUAUAUUUAUAUAUUUCCUUGCAGAUUUGUUUAAUGUAAUGUGAUAGUACUUAAAAAUUUUAAAAGGAAAUAUAGACGUAUUUAAAAUAAAAACCAGUCUUUUUCAUUAUUUUAUAUUGAACAGAUACAAUAAGGUAAGUACAUGUGUCUUUUACUGUACGUUAAUUAGUGAAUCACUUAUCAUUUUAUCCCCUUAUUUUUUAUAAAACGUAUUAGAAAUAAAACGUAU